UGUCCAAAAAAUAAGUUCUAGUUCAACGGGACCCACUUGCCAUCUGGGAAAAUUCAGCUGUUAUUCUCCAAUUUCUUAUCGUUGAAAUUUCCUUCGCAAGAUCUGCUUCUUCUUCUACUCUCUCAACACAACAGCGGUGCGUUCCAAUCUUUCUCUUGUUGUUCUGUGGAGAGGAAGAGAUACAGGGAGGGAAGAGGACGAGAAGAUGUAUUACAGAGAUCUAGCAAUUUUCAUAAACAGUUGGGCUCGUGAUAUUUAUUAGAAAGAUGGUUCCUUUGAACUGAUUCGGACAAGGAGAUGGGGAAGAAAGGUAACUGGUUUGUUGCACUGAAGAAAGCUUUCAGCCCUGAACCCAAGGAGAAGAAAGAUCAGAAAACUAGUAAAUCUAAGAAGAAAUGGUUCAAGAAAGAGAAACACUCGGAUCCCUCUUCCUCCGCAGUUGAAGCUACUGCGGCGCCUCCUCUGCCUCAAUGUCCUACUCCCCCUCCCCCUCCCCCUCCUCCUGAGGAAGUAAAACUAACCGAAGCAGAGAAUGAACAGAGCAAGCACGCAUACUCUGUUGCACUUGCCACUGCUGUGGCCGCUGAGGCUGCCGUUGCUGCUGCUCAGGCCGCUGCAGAAGUUGUUCGCCUCACAGCGGUGACACGGUUCUCUGGCAAAUCAAAGGAGGAAGUGGCGGCUAUCAAGAUUCAAACGGCAUUCCGAGGAUACCUGGCAAGGAGAACAUUGAGGGCCUUGAGAGGGCUUGUUAGGUUGAAAACAUUGAUAAAUGGAAAUGCAGUUAAACGUCAAGUUGCAACCACUCUACAAUGCAUGCAGACCUUAGCCCGUGUUCAAUCUCAAAUCCGUUCAAGGAGGAUUAGGAUGUUGGAAGAGAACCAGGCUCACCAGCACCAACUCCAGCAGAAACGUGAAAAGGAGCUUGCGAAUUUGAGAGCCUCUAUGGGAGAGGAUUGGGAUGACAGCCUGCAAUCCAAGGAACAAAUCGAAUCAAACUUAUUGAGCAAGCAAGUGGCUGCUAUGAGAAGAGAAAGAUCCCUUGCUUAUGCAUUCUCUCACCAGCAAACAUGGAAGAAUUCUUCAAGAUCUGUAAAUCCAACAUUCAUGGACCCAAACAAUCCUCACUGGGGAUGGAGUUGGUUAGAACGAUGGAUGGCAGCCCGACCAUGGGAGGUUCGAAGCAUGGCAGAAAAAGAACUGAACGACCAUGCAUCUGUAAAAAGUGCAAGCCACAGUGCUGGAGGAGAAAUAAGUAAAGCUUAUGCUCGUCGUGACCUUAAUGCUGAAAAGUCUUCACCAAAAGCCCCAAAACCAAUCCGCCCUGCCAGCCGACAAUCCCCAUCAACUCCCCCUUCCAAAGCACCAUCUUCAUCUUCAGUAGCUGGGAAACUGAAGAAAGCAAGCCCAAGGGGAAAUUUGUUUGGCCAGGAUGAUGACUCAAGGAGCAUGCUCAGCAUACAGUCAGAGAGGCAUCGGCGGCACAGUAUUGCAGGCUCAUCAGUGAGAGAUGAUGAGAGCCUGGCAAGCUCUCCAUCUGUCCCAAGCUACAUGGCACUCACUGAGUCUGCCAAGGCUAAGACCCGGUUGCAGAGCCCAUUGGGGCUAGAGAAGAAUGGAACAGGAACCCCAGAGAAGGGAUCAGCUGGGUCUGUGAAGAAGCGGCUGUCUUUCCCAGCUUCCCCGGCAGGGGUGAGGCGACAUUCAGGUCCACCCAGGGUAGACAGCAACUCCAUUAAAGACAUUGGUGUACCUGCAGAAAAUAGUGUGAGCAAUGGAGGGAGCAGAUAGUGCUUGUUCAAUGGGAGAACAUAAGACAAGACGUGUACGUUCAUGGGUUAGGAAGGGGUCCCAAGAAGAGGAAAAAUAGGAAGUGUAAUUGGCUAUGGAUAUGUACUACUUUAGAGCUCAUAUUUAUUGUGUAGUUGGGUCUGGUUUGGGUGAAAAACUGAAAACUAGUCUCCCUCUACUGGAGUCUGUCUAUGACUAGUUAAUCUCUUUUCAGAGGUUUCGUCCUUGUUUUUGUUCUGUUUCCCUCAUUAUGUUGUUUGUGUUCCCUUGACACUUGGACGGGAACCCAAUUCUUUGUAUUGAUUGUGACUCCAGACAAACGGCUGUGGUUUUGUUCCUUCGUUUUUCUCCAUGUUCUUAUUCGCUUGCUUGAAAUCUUGAAUAGAAGGAAUCCAUUUGUUGUAACAGUAUGUAACUAUGUAUAGUAUUACCCUGCAUGGCUGAUGGGUUUGUUGA